AUUUCUAUUUACAGAUAGAGUUUCCAGAAGAAAGAAUGGGCCUUUAUGGAGCCCAAACGUUUACAAGGCCCAAUAGGAAUUCAAUAAGAACAAGAAGAGACAGCGGGGAAGAAAGGAAAGGAAAGGAAAAUAUGUUGCAGUAUCCAUCAUUCAUGUUACAGUACCCAUAUUCUACUCGGAUCAUUCCGACGUCGUUUUUGCUCCCUGCUCAGUCGCCCCAACCUCAGAGCGACGAGCUCCUCCUUGCCGUGGAGGAAUCUUAUUUUGAAGAAAAGUGUAAUGAAAUCAGAAAGAUGAACAGCAACUUAGUUGUAAUUGGAAAGACUAACAUAGAUAAUGAUAAAGAAGACUUUGACAAUGAAGCAGAGGAUGAUGAUGCAGACAAUGGCGAUGAAUCGGAGGGUGAUGACUUUGAGCAGGAAACUGGUUAGCAAUGCCUUGAUUGGUUUCCUAUAUUUGUAUGUGCCGUGUUACUAUGGUUUGCUUGGUAGUUCAUGGUUCUAAAAUUUGCUGAACGUUAUUUAGAUAUUGCUUUGUGGGCAUUUCCCUUAUAGGAAUGGGAAGAGCCUUCGCGCUUUAUGGCAGAAUAAUCAUAUAUGAUGUUCUGAUUAUGUAUUUUGGGUGAUACAAAUUUUAAUUUCUACAUUAAUUUGAAAGAGGAGAGUUUAUCCA